CACACAAGCUUUUUACAGCUGUUCUGGGAAAGACUACAGUCACUAUCUAACGGGCGAGCCAGCCGAGAGUUGUCAGCUAUCGACGAUGCAUAGAUAAACGGCCUGUACAGUGUCUCUGUGUGUGACUGGGCAGCUGGGCGAAGCGGCCUAUGUGGCCUCGGUCGCUGUCAACCACUGUGUGGAUGUGAUAUUAACGCUGGAAGCAAGCCUAGCAAUAGUUGCCGAUUGGUGAAAGAGAAUUGGGAACGGAUAGACAAAGAACAGCACAAGCGACUGCUGUCGUCGUCCCGUUUCGACUGGCUAAGUAGUGAGUGAAUGAAGUAUCGCCAUUGGAUCAUCGUAUAGUUAAUUGAGGGAUAACAGUAGGCAACAUACAGGUUCGGUGAAGGGAUCUUAGUGUCCACUUGCAAAUACUUCACCGACAUAUCAUGCAUGAAAUUGCCCCUAGCAACAGUUGUACAGAGCUCUCACUUGAACCCCCUAAAAAAAAAAACAGCUACUGAAUUUUUGUCACUCUGGUGAACACAUUCAAUGACAAGCGGACUCUGCAGUGCCAAAUAUGUACUGCCCUGUAAAAAAGACCCUUCGAAAAAAAUAGCGCGUGUGAACAUCUGGCAAUCUCCAAGCAGUGUCGUUGAAUUAUUCUGUUCAGUGCGUGACGUAUCCGUGCAGUUAAAUAGAAUCCCUAUGUAAUGUAUGUACUUAACACACACUUCGUCCCAUCUAAAUGUCUAGGGGAAAAGUAAUUUUCCAUUGACCGGCAAUUGUGGGUUUGUCGACAUUAUUGUGGAUAAAAGCAAACAUCCAGGCAUCACGGAGAAAGCUGCGUCCCACCGGAACGUCAUAGAUCUUCCACAUCACAUCGUCGCAACGUUGACUAUAAAAUCGUCGCAUUUUGUUAUAUGAUAUCUCUGACAGCACGCAGCAGCUGAGGGCGACAGUGUGACAAUUCAACGAGAGCAUUAGUUGAAGAUGGAGGCCGCUCCGCGACUGCAAAUGCUUUGCUUUGAGCUUAAACAUAGCCCCAAACCGGCCGAGUUUAGUCAUCCACUGAAGAAAUUCAUUGCCGGUUUCUACAAUGAAGAUCCUUCUAAUUUUUCAAAGGCAAUUCACGAUAUGGAACAGCUGCGCGUGGCGGCAUGUUCAGCAUCGAAGGACGUCGCCGGUGUAACCGUUCUGAAGCGAUACUACUCGCAACUCCGAUCGCUACAAAAUCGGUUCCCGAUGACAGACGACGGGGCUGCUUGUGUUGCUUUUAUGUGGACAGAUCUCUAUUCAGGUCGUGCGUUUAAUAUAGCAGAUGUGAAAUAUGAAUUGUCCUCAAUCCUCUACAAUAUCGGCGCGCUCCAUUCCCAGCUGGGAGCUCUCGAGGAUCGUACAGGCGCUGAGGGAAUGAAAAGUGCUUGCGCUCAUUUUCAAAUGGCGGCUUGGGCAUUUCAGCACAAUCGAGAUUCGUACCCUCAACCAAAGGGUUGCGACCUGUCACACGACCUUCUUACAUUCUAUUCGCUUGUAAUGCUGGGCCAGUCGCAGGAAUGCAUCCUGGAGAAAUCUCUGCUCGACAACCGAAAGCCUACUAUCUCAGCAAAGAUUGCUGCACAAAUCGUGGACUUCUAUGGGAAGGCAAUGAACCAUUUAACGGCUGACAUCAAGCAAAUUGUCGGGUCAAAGAUUUAUCUCCAGUGGAGGCGGAUCUGCAAAAUGAAUGCUUCGUAUUAUGGGGCGGUGGCAGCAUUGCAUAUGGGUAUGGGCGCAGAAGAGGAAAGAGCCUACGGGCUUCGGGUGGCGUGGUACAGAGACGCUAUGCGACUACUCACAGAUGCCUUGCAUGCAGCCAGAGACCUCAGCAUCGACGAUAUGCUUUCUUUCACAGUGGAUGUCAUCGGGGGCAAACUAAACGCCGCUGAAAAAGAGAAUGACUUCGUGUACCACGAUAAAGUGCCAGCGGCCGAAAGUCUUCCUGAGGUGAAAGGUGCUGUCCUCGUUAAAGGAAUCCCAUUUGAUCCCUGUGAUCCCGAGAUUUCUGGACCUGAUCUAUUUGCAUCACUAAUUCCUAUGGGCGCUCAUGAAGCGUCUUCGAUCUACUCUGAAAAAAAGGCGCAAAUUUUGCGAAGGAUCUCCGAUAACGUGGAAGACAAAAAUGCAGAAUUGGCUGCUUAUGAAAGUAAUCUCAGCAUGGAUCAUAAUACGCUCAAAGCCAUACUUGUCAAGCCAUCGCUUCCACCCGACGUGAUCGAGUCUUGUGCACGUUUUCACACGCGACGAACGGCUGUUUCAGAUUUAAAUAAUCAGUUAGCACGACUACACAAAAUGGCCGAGGAUAUAGCGAUAUUGCUGCAGGAGGCGGACGCUCAGAUGAAGGAAGCACGCCCUGGCGGUGUGACAUCCAAUGUUGUAGCAGAUCUUCGCGCCGAACUCAACAAAUAUCGCGAGAUUCAUACACAUUCCAGUCGGAGUAACGAUACAUUAAAGGACGCUUUGAAGGCGCACGACGAAAAGCUAACACUUUUACAGUACACUCCCGACGUUCUCCAACAAAAACUUCCGUUCGUCAUCGAAGCGACAACCGACGAUGCAAAGGUGAUCACUGAGAUGAUACGGUUGCUUGACAAAAUAGACGAGAUGAAGUUGCAGAGGAACAAGUUAUUCACCGAUUUACGGGAUGCGAUCCGUAACGAUGACAUUACGAAGUUAAUUGUCGCUAACGCUCAAGAAGAUCUGAACGAAGUCUUUGAAAAGGCACUAUCUAAGCACGAGCAGGCUAUUGCUGUACUCGAAAAGAAUCUUCGUGCACAAGAGAACAUCCUCAAGGCGGUCACUGUGGCGAAUGCUAAUGCAGCUGAAGUGCGUCUUAACCUCGAACAAGCGCGCCAGCCAUGGAACGCAGCCAUCGAGGGGUUGCGGGCUUCUGCGAAGGCUUUCGAUGAGAUUGAAGCUCAAACACUUAAAGGGCUGGACUUCUUUGACAACUUUCACGGAAACGUAAGCAAACUUGUUAGUCGCCUCAAAAGUGUUCUACAAGUGGAACGCGAGCAGGAAGAAAGACUUAAGAUGCGUCAGGCAGCGGAAAGCGCAGCAGUUGCAGCCGCAACAGCUACUUCGAACAACGCUCCUGCCACAGGACAGCCAGGUCAACAGGUUGCUGACAUUGGUGCAUAUAUAGGCCAUGCUGAUCUCAGUUCAUCAUACACGGCGAGCCAAAUUGCGACCAGUCAGCUGGGUGUCGCUCCUUACCUUUCGGGUGGUACUCAGGCCGCUCCAAAACUGAAGGAUUACCUGGCCAUGAUGAAAAAGGCAAAGCAACAAGGCACGAAUGGCACUGACAGUGGCAAUGAGUACAUCCCUCAAGCCAUGCCGGGAUCGCCCGGUAUCUCUCUUGCAGCUUCGAGUGGAAUUACUUCCAUAAGUACAAUAGGUCCGGCCACUACGUUAUCUUCGUUAACCAAUGCCUAUGGCUCUCCCCAAAUAAGUGUUCUCCAUGGGAUUCAACAGCCGCACCCAUAUCCUCAGGGAUGCAGCACUGCCGCUACUCAGAAUUUGACGAAUUCCGCCACGUCUCACGUACCUUUGGCUACGUGUACGCAUGUAGUUUCUACACCGGCGACUAAUGUAUCAGCAACAAUGCGACCAACAUCUACUCUUCUUGGGUAUCAAGACUCUGGUGUGUACCAUGUACCACUUCCGGCUGGACACCUUGAACAGGCUGCACGACCUCCCACUACACUGAUGGUUUCAUCACAGCCUCAGCCUACUACGUCGAGGGCAGUGGGUCAAACUAUCCAGCAACCGUCGACCUUCACCACUCAACAGCAGAGUCAGUUUUAUAAUGCGUAUAACACAAGCAACUUAGGCUAUCAGAUGCACGGAGGAACAGCGAACUAUGCCGUCUCUUAUGGGUCAUAUGCCCAUCUCUAUGCUACCCCACAGAUAGCCAGUACGGCAGCAGAAAAUACUGCGACGUCGAGCGCUACUUCGGGAGUGCCCACAGCAACAUGCACAGCACCGUCGGCCAUCAGCAGCACCAUGAAUUCAGCGAAUUAUUACGGGAAUGCGCAAGGCACGACAGGCACGACUUCAGUGAACACCUCCAUUACCUCCACGAAUUACAGCUGCACUGCAAGAUACCAAUAUCCGCAGCAGUAUGCUUACGCUGGCUCGUAUUCAGGAUACCCAACACUGGCGUCGACCGCUAUAGUAUCCUCACAGCCAACAGCCAUCGCGUCUGUCAACUGUAACUCAAGUGUGUUGGCACAAUCUUCUGUUCCUACGAUCGCUAGCCAAGCGUCGGUCAUACCACCAAUGCUUUCAAGAGCAGUCUCCAUCACUGGCGCCUCUGCGAGAGCUACUGCAGUGGGUGGAUUAGCUGGCGCCUAUAACGGAUCCUAUGCGACGUGCACAGGCGGUACAGUGCCGACCCCCUACCCUCCUCAACAGAUCAGCUAUGCAUCAACGUAUGGGCAACUCUGUGAGACAAAUGUAGCUGCAGCUGCCUCGUCGCUUGGCGCGACAUGCGGAACGACGACAACUGUAACAACAAACGAAGCAAUUACGGCGGCAACAAAUACGGCGCCUGCAGCCUCCGUUGCUAGCGGCGCGAAUGGCGCGAUAGCGGUGACCGAUGCUGCUACCGUCCACCAGACGUAUCAGACAACGUAUCAGUGGAGCGGAUACGGAAAUCUUUCACAGGUAACGUUCACUGCAUCGCCUAACAAAUAUACUUCGAGUGGAACCGGAUCAGUUUCGUACUCAAAUGCAUCAGCGACUACAUCGACCGCAUACAGCAGGCAGCAAUAUCCCCAGUACUACCAGCAGUACGUGCAGCAGUAUCAACAGUACAAUAACCGUCAAGAGACAACAUCAACAGCUUCUUCGGUUAUUCAUCAGCAGGCUGGGCAGUCCGUGGCUUCAACCGCCACCAACGGCUUUGCGACGCCAGCAGCUAAUAUGUAUGGAGCAAAUUCUCAGCAGGCAAACAAAAAUCAACCUUCAAUCGACGCCUAUUACCAGCAACUAGCCUUAGGUUCCGUUCAACCGGCUAGUUACGGUACGCAGUUACAGUCGUCGCAGACAGUAACUACACAAUAUACCCCACACACAGUUUCAUCUGUGGGUCCAGCCACAGCUCGAUCUGUGGCUAAUAAUCUGUUAGACGAAAGUCCCCAGCUUUCGGUCACUCCAGAUGGAGGCGUACUUGCCAGUGUUCUACAACCGACAAUCGUCUCGAAGAGCAGCCUGAAUAACAAUGAAAGCAAAAUGGAAUCGGACGUCUCCAGUAACGCUGAUGAUGAUGUUAGCAGGAAAUCGAACGGAGUGGUUGGCAUCGCAAGAGCUACCGAGGUGAGAUCAAUAACAAAAUCGGAUUGUGACAACUUAAACAGUACGGGAGUCCCCCCGUCAACUGAGGUUCCAGCAGAUGACGCGAAUAGCGCUAGAAGUUUAGAACCAGCUGCUACAGUUACUACGUGUCGAAACCAACCGGAUACAAGUACCUCCUCUGGGCCAGUGUCCGCCGACCCCCUGAACAAUUCACAGGUUGUUCAAGACCUAAAGAACACGUACGAAAAACUCGACAAUAUGACAGCGUUAAAGCUGAACUCCCGGUGGAAAGAGUACCGAGACAACCAAGAAGCGGAAGCACGCACACUGAAAAUAUCAGUCGGUCGAAUCUGUUCAAUGAAGAACCGAUUCCCCGAUAUCAUGCCUUAUGACUACAAUCGGGUAGUUUUGACCUCGUCAAAAGACGAUUAUAUUAACGCAUCGUUUGUAACCUCAUCUAUUGAAAGUGAGCCAAAUUACAUUAUAACGCAGGCUCCUCUUGCCACCACACUCGAAGACUUCUGGACGAUGGUGUGGGAGCAACGUGCAGAAACCAUUCUCUCAUUGUCAUCAUUCCAAGAGCUUUCGUCGCAACUGUUCUUCCCGUCAAAAAAGGGCACUUCACAGAACUACGGACCAUUCAAUGUGACGGUACUUUCCUUUAGCGAAAGGGAGGCUGGCCUGUUCACCGAACGGUUGCUGGCCAUCAAUGGACCUCAGGGCCUAACGAGAAAUGUCAUUCUCGUGCACGUAACCCAAUGGACACGUGAAGCCUUAUUCCAGAUCGGGCUUGCUGAACAUGUGCUCGACUUGCACGUCAAACAAAGAAGAAGUCAUAAUCCACCCAUAGUCAUACAGUGCCUUGGUGGAUGUGGUCGUUCUGGCAUUCUGGCAUUUGCCUUGAGAUGGAUCAGCCAUCUGCGCGUCGGUCGCGUCCCUUCGGACGCUAUGCCAAUUCUUCGACAACUAACACGUGCUCGAAAACUGCUCCUACUUGAACAAGAUCAGUUGCGUACGUGUUUAGAGAUUGCAUUAUUGUCCAUCAAAACAGCGUUACAGACACGCGGCCUUAUGCAUGCGGUGCCUGCUGCAAUUACGACUCUUGAUCAAAUGGACGAAAAACAAAGAAAAGGCCAAGCAUUGUCGGCAGAAGAGCGGAUUCUUCAGGAUCUUAUGCAGGGCUUCCAGGCUAAAACCAAAAUUACGAAGGAAAGUUUCGAAAAACCGCGUGGUUUCGACGCUGCGUCCGGCGGUGGAGAUCCUGCCGACCCUCUCAGUCAGCUCGACCCGUUAUGGUCGCUAAAAAAAUAGAUGCGGCAGCCGCAAGGUAUUCGAAACGCUGCUCUGCAAGAAACAAAUAAUGACUUGAGCAUGCAAGCGUUGUUAUUUCGCAUCCGAAGAGAGAAUGGAGUAUAGAAGGGAUCUGUAGUGUACAUUUCUUCUAUCUAUCGUGUUACUUAUAUGUUAUUUGUUCACACAUUUCUCUGUAAAGUGACAUUCGCUUAAUUGUGUUUUCGGGUUUUCUACUGCUGGCAUUCUUCAGGAUUCUUCUGCGAUUUUCAGCAAUCACAAACAUUAAUCUUACUUUUCAUAAUUAGAGCUAAUAAUAAGAUAGAACCACUGCUUAUCAAGGUUGGGCCGCCGUUGAAGCGCGCCUGGAAAAGUAAGAGAUUUAGCGUUUCUGGCACAUACGAAGUGAUUGAGUCAGCCUAAACAAGAUUUUUAGUUGUUUUAGAUGCCAAAGGGUACGCAUCGUGGUAAAUUAGUGGCGGAAAGUAUGGCAUACACGGGAUUCAUAUACGAAUCUUCAGAAUAAACAUGGAUUUACAUAAGGCCUUUACAGACCCCUUCAGUGGUUACAUACUACACCAGCAAACAUAAAACGUUUUAUAUAUAAACCUACCUGAAACUCAAAUGUAAAGAGCAAAUAAAUAGAUGGUCCCCGCUGCGAAAAGCAACAAAAAUACUGGAUAAUCUGUAUUUCGGUAGUUAUCGAUAUGAUAGUUCAUGGGAAGAAUGAUGGUUAUUCAUGAACGUGAUGGCAAGCUGAAUUGUGAUAACGGUUAUUCUAGAUGAAACCUGGGCCACAGCUGGACGUGCGUCGAAUUGAACUAUAAAAUUUUUAUUUUACAUACGAGGUAACGCAUGGAAAAGAGAAAGGGGUCUUCAACAAUUACGCUUAACUGUGGCAAGGAACAAAGCUAAAAAGUCUCCAUGGACGCUUAGCGUUCUUUUAUGUGAUGUUUAUAUAUAGCCGUCAAUAAUAAACUGUCACCGUACGUACAUGUAAAUACA